CUAUGAUAUAUGAAUGUAAAUAGAUAUAUGGAUUUAUGUGCAUAUACGUAGAUACGAAUAUUUAUAUUGUGCAAUUCGAAGAGUUUUGCUUAAACAGCAGAUGAUGACAAACAAGUAUAAUACCGCCGAUUCGGAUACUGAGAGAUUAGUACCCGAUAUAUCCAAGUACGAAGAAGAUACAUAUCCUGAUAAUAUAUAUUCUGAUACAACAACAGAGCAAGAAAAUCCUUCCAGCCGGAAGUGUGGGAGGACUGUUAUAAACUGCAACUGUGUCACAAGCUUUGUGGUGGGAUUGCUGUUGAUACUGAGCUGUUUUGCGUUGAUCUUCAUAUCAAUGGGGAUGUCUCACAGUAAAGGGACGGGCAUUGCUGCUCCAAAGUUGGGAGAGUUGGCUGGCGAGGAGUCAAUUAUGAGUAAAAAAGAGCACGGAACCUGCAGCCAGCCUGUGCAGGACCACCUGCGCUGGAAGUGCCAUCAGAGUUUGGCAGACCGCAUCUGCUGUUUCAAUCGAAGAUAUGCCGAGAAUAGCGGCUAUUGGCAACACACCGCAUUUGCAACAGAGGUGCAAAAAAUGGCAAAAGAAGGCGAUAACACCGAAGUGACGUUCUACGACUCUGUGACCGGAAAACCACUUUUUAUAGCCCCUAGGAAUAGGACUAUGCAGGACUUUAUAAGCGAGAGCAGAGCUCAUGGUUGGCCGAGUUUCAGGGAUGAUGAGGUUGUCAAAGAGAAUGUGAGGGUUUUAAGCGACGGCGAAACAGUCAGCUUAGAGGGUACUCAUCUCGGACACAACCUACCCGAUAGAAAUGGGAACAGAUAUUGUAUCAACCUUGUGAGCGUCGCCGGUAAUCCAUCACCACCGUGAACAAGUGCUACAAAAUAGAAGGUCUUGUACUAUGUCUGGGUCAUUUAUAAAUAUAAUUCAUUUAAUUUAGAAGGAAUUAAAUGUUUUUACAUACAAUGAG